AUGAUAGAAGUAAAGGAGAAAGCAGCUGAAAUCGAACACAUCAAUAAUAUGUUCCAUGAGAAACAACGUGAGUUGCAGUCGGCUGUAUUGAAAGUUGAUCAGUUAACGCAGCAACUUGACGAUUUGAGGAAAGGAAAAACAAAUGGUUUGCAGUCUUAUAAUGGACAAGUGCCAGGACCUGCUGCAGUUGAAUUAAAGAAGCUUUACCAAGAGCUGCAGAUUCGCAACAAGCUUAAUCAAGAACAAAAUACAAAACUUCAACAUCAAAAGGAACUGCUUAACAAGCGUAAUGUGGAAGUGACUAUGAUGGACAAAAGAAUCAGUGAACUUCGUGAACGUUUGUGGAAGAAGAAAUCUGAUGCACGUCAAAAGGAAAACAUCCCUCAGCUGAAUCGAAUUAAUGGCACGCCAACAACGCCAGCGCACUCUAACACCUCUGGUCGUGUGGCUGCCGUGGGACCCUACAUCCAAGUUUCUACUGCAACUAGAUCAGAAAGUAACCAGUCAUCACCAAGCGAGAUCUUGAAACCUCAGUCACUGACCAUAUCUAGCAACGGUGGCUAUGUGAUGACUAAAGCAAAAUCUGCUCAUGAUGGAAAUUGGCCAACACUCCCACAGGGCUCUGCUACUACAGGGAAAUCACCUACAACAACAACAAACAAUGACUGGAAGGAAUCCAACAUGGAUACAGUUUUGAAACCAGGAGCUGGAUCAAGUCAGACCCUGCCCACUUCCUCAACCAUUUCAAACAAUGAGAAAAUGGUGGGUAUUGAAUCAGGAAAAGUAACAACAUCUGUGCCCAGUGCAAUAAAGCAGCUGACUCAGUCGUAUGGACCUCACCCAAAAUCUUCUCUUGUCGCCAUUGGUUCUACGAAUUCACUAGAAAGAAUGAAAGAGGGCACUCAACCUCGGCCUAGUAUGGGUUCAGUCUCCAACAUAACUUCAGCAAACUGGCAGAGAGCUAUCCAGUCUUCACAGCCUGCAAGCACAUUUCAAGCAAGUGCCUCACAACAGAUUCAGCAGAGAAUUACUGUGCCUCCAAGUCCUACUUAUCAGCCAGCUGCUUCACCAUUGUUCUCUGCUGGAGAUAGCAGACCUGAUCCCCCACUGGCUGUGGCUGUAAGGCCAUUCUUGACUGACAAAGGUUCUAGGCCUCAGUCUCCACGAAAAGGGCCUCAAACCGUGAAUUCCAGUUCAAUUUAUUCAAUGUAUCUUCAGCAAUCUACUCCACCAAAGAACUACCAACAGGCUGCAUACAAUACCCUAAACAAAACACAUACUGUUAAAGCAAUGUAUGGGAAGCCAGUAUUGUCGUCUGGAUCAGGUUCUGCUUCACCGAGUCCUUUGCCUUUUACUCAUACUCCGCCUUUCCAAAGUUCUCAACCGCAGACCAGUGGUGAAAACCAAACUACUAAUGAAAAGGAUCUAGAACAUGAGAACUUGCCGCCCACCAAUUCAAAUGUUGAAAACAUACCACGUCCUCUGAGUCCUACGAAAUUAUUGCCGAUUGUGCACUCCCCAUUAAGGUAUCAAAGUGAUGCUGAUCUUGAAGCUCUAAGGAAAAAACUGGCACAUGCACCAAGACCUCUGAAGAAACGCAGUUCUAUAACUGAGCCAGAAGGCCCAAGUGGACCUAAUAUACAGAAGUUGCUGUAUCAGCGUUUUAAUACGCUAGCUGGGGGCAUGGAUAACAUGCCAUUUUAUCUUCCCAGUAACCAACAGGACUAUGUGGGGGCUUUAGCAGACGUUGAUAAUGGUAACACCAGCCUAAUAGAGUCUGGUUCUUUGCAGCCUGAACCAACAACUCAGCCUGACGUUCAACCAUCGUCGGAUGCCAAUGAUAACCAGCUGCCUUCUCCUAAACAUUCUGAAUUGAUUCAGACAGAUAACAAUGAGAUACCUGCUACAAUAGAGGACAAUAACAAUAAUCCUGCUGUUGUUCAAACAGAGCAACUGCCAAGUCCUCUGCCAGAAAUCAUAUCACCAGAGGGAGAUGUUCCUCCACCACCUGCUGUGCCACUGCAACCUCCUAUUAAACGUACAAAUUUGAAAAAACCUGAUUCAGAAAGGACAGGUUGUGGGAUGCGGGUAAAAUUCGAUCCUCUUGCUUUACUCCUGGAUGCUUCUUUAGAAGGAGAAUUUGAUCUUGUGCAGCGCAUUAUUUAUGAGGUUAAUGAUCCCAGUAGACCUAAUGAUGAAGGGAUUACACCAUUACACAAUGCAGUAUGUGCUGGUCACCAUCACAUUGUGAAAUUCCUUGUUGAUUUUGGUGUAAAUGCAAAUGCAGCAGAUAGUGAUGGAUGGACACCGUUACACUGCGCUGCUUCCUGCAAUAGCGUCCAACUCUGUAAACUGCUUGUGGAAUCCGGUGCUGCUAUUUUUGCUACAACUAUCAGCGAUGUUGAAACAGCAGCAGAUAAAUGUGAGGAGAUGGAAGAAGGUUUUGUACAGUGCUCACAGUUUCUUUAUGGAGUACAAGAAAAAAUGGGUGUCAUGAACAAAGGUGUAGUUUAUGCUUUGUGGGACUAUGAGGCCAAGAACAGUGAUGAAUUAUCGUUCCAUGAAGGCGAUCCUCUGACAAUCGUGAGGCGUAAAGAUGACAAUGAAACGGACUGGUGGUGGGCUCGUUUGAAUGACAAGGAAGGCUAUGUUCCUCGCAAUCUGUUAGGGUUGUACCCUAGAAUAAAGCCCCGGCAGCGAUCUCUGGCUUAGGGAUAUUGGUGAGCUAUUCUAAUCAGAAUCUGGAACGACACAUUGGCGGUGCUGCCCAUCCAGAAGAGGAAGUAGAUAUUUACGUGCUGUGAUUUGGAUAUGCAGUAGUUUAUGGUGCUUUUUCUCUGAACAAAGUCGCAUUGCUACAUCUGAAGAACACACGUGUACUCUAGCACACCUUCAUGUGUGCAUUCAAACAUGUGCACAUAUGCACACGCAUUUAGACCUGAACAGUCACAUUAGAACGUACGAACAGGCCUGCACAUUUCUCUGUUUGUUUCUCUCUCUCUCUCUCUCUCCGUCUUUCUCUCUCACACUCAUUCACACACACACAUGCACACACACGCGCGCACACAAAACAGAGGAAGUGGUGUUAUCUGAAAACCACUUGACCUCAGUAUUGUUAGUAUGUGGCAUGCUUGGCUGGCAGUGGUGGUAAGGGAAAUGUUUUAAUGCAACUUUUGUUGGUUUCAAGAAGGAAGUUAUAAUUUAUUGAAAGGUAAUGUGGAUGAACUAGCAGAAUUUGACUUGGUAUUGUGAUAAUUAAAGCUGUUAAAGGAUAUAAAAAUUUAUGCUUGGACAUGAAAAAUUUAAGUAACAUAGUAAUACUGCAAAUGUGAGAUGAACAAGGAUUUUAGUAAGGCAAGGUGCACUGUCUGAGUUGUAUGAAGUAAGUGAAGUGUAUGUGACUAAUGGAAUGGUGGAUGUACGAAUGACCAGAGGAUAUUGUCAUCUAUUAAUGUGUGUAUUUUAUGGAAAUGAUGCAAUAACUUUCACCACAUUUUGGUGCAAAACACUACAGCACUUCAUUAAAAUAAGUAUUCAAGUAUAUUUCUAUAUUAAAGAAUCUUUCAUUUAUUUUUUCCAAUUGCAUUUUUCUUUUUGAAAUAAUUCUAGGCAAACAUUCUAACAAAUGAUAAGUUUAUACAUGUAACAAAACAAUCUUUGGCUUGUUUACCAUGUUUCAUAUCUAACCUUUACCUAACAAGCAGUUCUGUUAACUGAGCACAGGGUAGUAUUGAAUGUAAAUAUUGUGAUGUAUAAGAUUAUAACAGUGGGCUAUAUUAUGUAUGACUAAGUGACUGAACUGUAAUUUUUUCAUAGUUGAUAGUACUACACUGCUUAACAAGUGUUAUGUAAACGUAUACAAUAAAAUACAAUGGCAUGAACAAA